AUGAACAAGAACAAUCUAUACAUGAACAAUAACAAUCUAUACAUGAACAAGAACAAUCUAUACAUGAACAAGAACAAUCUAUACAUGAACAAGAACAAUAUAUACAUGAACAAGAACAAUCUAUACAUGAACAAGUACAAUCUAUACAUGAACAAGUACAAUCUAUACAUGAACAAGAACAAUCUAUACAUGAACAAGUACAAUCUAUACAUGAACAAGUACAAUCUAUACAUGAACAAGAACAAUCUAUACAUGAACAAGAACAAUCUAUACAUGAACAAGAACAAUCUAUACAUGAACAAGUACAAUCUAUACAUGAACAAGUACAAUCUAUACAUGAACAAGUACAAUCUAUACAUGAACAAGAACAAUCUAUACAUGAACAAGUACAAUCUAUACAUGAACAAGUACAAUCUAUACAUGAACAAGAACAAUCUAUACAUGAACAAGUACAAUCUAUACAUGAACAAGUACAAUCUAUACAUGAACAAGAACAAUCUAUACAUGAACAAGUACAAUCUAUACAUGAACAAGUACAAUCUAUACAUGAACAAGUUAAGCACAUAA